UAAGCCAUAGAAAAACUCCAACUUACAUCAGCAUUUCAAGCCCAAAUGUUGACAAACACCCAUUUUCCAGAAAAAUAUGCAACAAUUCCAAGCCUUUACAAGUUUCUUUUAAAAAAAGUAACAAUUUUUUUUAAUCUUUUUUUUGACAUUUCUUCCAGAAGCUGACUAAGACAAAAGAAAGAAGACCAAUCAAAGUGUGGGAAGUCCUCAAUGACCUAAAAAAAAAGAAUAAAUCUUUGUUAAAACCCAUUUUUUAGUGCUUUCCUUGAACUUAGUUCAAUUGAAUUCUCUUCAAAAGCUGAAACUUUAGAGUUAAGAGAGCAAAAAUUUAGGAAGAGAGAUCGGAGAGAUGGAGUGGUGUGUGGGUUUCAAUGAUAAAGAAAUUUAUGUAAGUUUUGUUGUAUUCAAGCCAAUGGUCCUGGUUGUUGAUGAUUUUGUUGAAGCUCUGAAACAAUUCUCCUUCUCCACCAAUAAUCUUGGUUGUAUUCAGAAUUGUGUUCUCAAGAGCAUCCACGGAAAUAUGAUCAUAUGGUGUGGAAUUUGGACAAAAAAGUUAAUUCAGAACCCGCAAUUAUUAUCUGAAACACUCGUAAGUUACACUUUAACAUUUCUCAUAUUUUUAAUCACUCAUUUACGUUUGUUAUUAUACAUUAAUUUUUUACAUUUUGUUCAGCUUCAAACCAUGAUUUCAAAAACUUCAAACAUGGCAACCUUAUUAGAUCUUAGCUUCUUUGAAGCAUAUGGUGGAGAAUCCAUGGAUGGUUCUUGUGUUGCAAAAUUUACAAGUAAAAGCAUUAUAUCAAUGAUUUCAAUAGCUGCAAAAUGUGGUGAUAUAAAUGAUCUUUCCUAUGCUUGCUUGGCAAUAUUCAAGUCUCGAUUUCGAAAGAUCGAAGGCGUAAACUCUGGAAUUUGCUUGAAAUCACAAAAUAGGCCAACAGUUGUUUCACUCCAUGUUUGGAAUUCUCCUUUUUAUUGUUACUCAUGGAUCUUGAAUUCCGAUCAUUUGAACUCAAUGUUACCUUAUCUUGAUCAUUUUUCCCUUUGUAUUAAAUAUGAUAUAUAUCAAGUGGUGAAUAUAAGUGAUGCAAAUGUACCUAAUUUUAAGGAUUUGGAUAAUGAUGAAGAGAGGGGAAACAAGUGCAAAUCUUUUGAUGUGAAAUAAAGAAAAGAAAGUUACUAGAAUAGUAGAUUUUGCUUGUGGUGA